AUGUCUUACAUUCAUUCUAUCCUGCGGUUAUGCACCUCGGUGAAGGAUAUCGCGCUCUGUGGCUGCUUCCGCACGGAAUACGUGGAAGAGUUAACCGCCGCCAUGCCAGUCAGCCUUGAGCGUCUAUGGCCGGCAUACUCUUUACACCACUUCGCAGGUUCCAUCAUCAACGGUGCCUCCGCAAAAGAAAUCCUGUUUGCGGACUGGGGACACGAAAAGACAGCUGUUUGGUCGUAUAUGCGGGAGUGCUGGUACGAGACGCUGCGACGAUUGUACAGACACUGGGAUGCUUUCGAGCGCGCCAUACGGCGUGAAUUGGACACGGCACCGACAGCCACGCUGGAGGAGAUAGGAGUUCACUAUGCGGAAGAGCCUUCAGAAGCAGACUUGGUGGCCCGUGCUGUGCCUUGCAAAUAUCGGAGGCCGACCUACAAUCCCAGAUAUACUCAGGUGGAUGAAUGGGUGUAUCGACCUAUACCGCCUGGUGGAGACAGGUUGGCAAUCUUGCACGCAGAAUGGGAACACGAGCAUGAUAACGUCGCGGUUGGCAGUGUUAAGGCAUAUGAUUUUCGCUCGCAGUGCCGGUUAGGUCCUAAGUUUCUGUAG